AUAUUGGUAUUGGGGGAGGGACCAACCUCUGCGCGAACCUCCCCGCAGCGACCUUAACCUCAACCACGUGUUGAGCUGGCUCAGAAGCCGCUUCUGGGCCAGCGGAUGCGCAUGCCUCGCGCGUCAAAUUCAGCGAAGCGACACCCGGCAGCGAGCAACCAGCGCGAUACCCGCCAUGAGAAUGGCCUGGUAGGCCCCGGCAAGCGCGUCAUCAAGCGAAAGAGCCACGGCCAGCUUGAUGACGGUUCCAAGCCCGCCGUCGACAGCGCCUCGGUGCCGCCCGUGCCCCCUCUGCCCACGGCCGCGAAUGGUUCCGCAGCGCACCCCGACGACAUGGCCCCCGAGCACAGGGCGACAGAGCUGCUGAGGCGCGGGUCUUUGGGCACCUAUUCCGAAUCUUCGUCGGCCGAUUCCCUCCCCGUCCCUCCGACCCACGACGGCCCCCAAGACUCCCACCGGCGGAUCGACGUUAACGAUGCGAAGAACACCAACGUGCACCGCGACCCAGGCCCCUUGGAUCUGGCCAUCACCGUCCUCCGGUCUUGCCCGCUCGCCGACACCGUUGCCAUCCUGAUCAUCCUCAUGCAGGCCUCGCCCGCCGUGCUGGCCACCAUCUACAUGCUCUUCACCGUUCUCACCUUUGUGCCGCCAGUGACCACCAGCUCCGGUCUCAGCAUCACCGAGAUCUUUGACGGCAGCCAGGGGAUACCCUCCUUGUGGACUCUGAUCUGGAUGGACUUCAUCAUGCUGCUCAUCUGGCUGUUCCUCUGGGCUCCAAUACAGCAAUUCAUCCUGGACCUCGCCCAAGUCGUCAUCUCCUACACGCUAGGAGGCGGAGCCAGUUCGAGACAGGGAACAACUCCCGGCAUCGUGCUCUGCGUUGGCAUCGUGGGAAUGUCUCAUUGGGUUCAAAAGUGGAACGGGCUGUCUCGGUUGACGACGCUGUUUGGUUCGAAUCGCUUCCUGUCUACCGAUGCGGAGCCGAACAUACGGAUGCUUGACAAGAAAGGUCCAUACGGAUGGGUGAGAAGCGUCUUGGCGAUCCACAUUCUGACCCAGGGUAUCGUCCGGUGCAUUCGGGAGUGGUACUUGCGGAGGGAACGACGGGACCUGCAGUCGCAGGGCCUUCUGGACCCGGAGUCCGGCAAGUCGGUGUCUUUCCCGCCGGAGGGCUUCUCGGAAGCUGCGCUCAUGGCGGCCGAUAGCGAUGCCCACCUGCAGACAAGCGUGGCGCACCUCACCAACAAGAGACGCCGGAAACAGAGCGCCCAGGUCAGGAUCAAGCAGCCGCUUUGGGCGGCGCUCGCCAGCACCAAGAUCGUCAUGGUCAAGGAGUACGAGCUUUCGCAUGCGGCGAGCGAAUCGGCCGGGUCCAACGCCACAGAUAUCCACAACCUCGGCAACGCACCUUUCAACACGCAACCCGAGCACAUAUGGAUAUGCUAUGUCGGAUGCGACGAGGUCUGUUUCAACACGAGUCAUUUUCCGGAUGUCGGGCAGGACGAGGCCCCACAGGAUGACAGCAAGCUGGGGAUCGACAUGUCCAAGCCUUUUUACGUCAGGGUGAACAAUGCUAUCUGGCAACCAACGCGCAUCAUUCCCAUCGAAAACCCGGAGGAGGAGAACUACGAAGGAACGCGCUGGACCGGCGACAUUUACGGGUUGACCCCUCUGUCGAACUACGAAUGCGAGUUUGUCAGCACACGGACGGGUGAGGUGAUUUUCUCGACAAGCGUUAGGACCGUGCCGGCGAAGAACAAGGAUCCCGAAGCUGCUCCCAAGGCUGCCAGCAACCCGCGAUCGCACGCGCGCCACGACUCACCGGCGACGACGCUCCGGGCCUCCAUUGCGGCCGCUGAGCUGAAACUGGCUGACGAGAAGGCUCGCCUGAAGGCCGUCCGGAAGGACAACAACCGGAAGCUGAAUGCUACGCGGAAGGAAAUUGAGAAGCUCACGGCAGCGGCUCAAUCAGCCGGGGGCGACGAUGAGAAGCUGAGGCAAAAGAUUGCGCAAAACAGGAUCCAGGAGAAGCGUGCUGAGGAAUCCACCAGCGAGCUCGAAGCGCAGCUGAAGGAGCUCGAGACGGUGCCGGAGGCGCUGGUCCAGGAGCAUCGUGCCAAGCAUGACGAGUGGACGUCGGAAAAGGCCAAGUUCGAUCAGGCCCGCGCUUCGUUCAAGAGCUUCAAGGCAUCGAUCGACAAGCAGGUAAAAUCGCUGGACGAGGAGAAGGCCAGCCUGCAGGCAAAGAGGAACAAGAUUGCCGCUCGCAUCGCCAAGGUCGACGAUGAGCACGCGCGCAUAACCGACGCGAAUGCGAGGGGGUUGAACGAGGCCGAAAGGCGUCGUCAGGAGCGCGCCAAUCUUGCGGCCGAACUCGGUCGGGCCGAGCAGAACCUGCGAGAGAGACUCCAGACUCUGCGCCUGAACAACGCCACCAAGCAGGCGCAAGUCCACGCCAUGGCUGCCCAUAUGCAGGAAUACCUGGCUAGCUUCCAGAACGAGACGGCCUAUGACAUGGCGCCGCAGCCCAACCACUUCCCCGCCGCCGCUGCCGGGCCCUGGGCGGCAGCUCCUGCGGGCCCCGCAACCCAGUUCAGCGCCGCCCAGCCCGCGUGGCCGCCCGUGACCAUGUCCAUGUCCGCUCAAGUUACUCCCCUGAUGGCGCCCUCCCAGCUCUCCACGUUCUCGACCCCGAUGCAGACCGCGCUCAGCACCCCUCCACAGCCUCACCGGACCAGGGGCCGUUCGUCGUCCAUGCUCAGUGACGUUUCGGGCUUCACCCAGUCCACUGACGAGGACGAGCACGACAGCGGGAGCGGGAGCGGCAACGGAAGCCUCAACAAUGCGAGCGCCGUCGCUAGCGUGCCCGUCGGACGUUAUCGGAAUGGUGGCGGGAAUCCUGGCGGCGGCGGCAGUGGGAAUGCAUCUCCGGCCGGCACGGCCACGCUGCGUGGUCCCCCGCCAGGCUUUCACCUCAAGGGCGGUUCCGCUUCGGGAUCGGAUUCGUCGGGCUCAGCUUCGGGGUUCGGCUCCGGCUCCGGCUCCGGCUCCGGCCGCAGUAGCGUGCGGUCCGGCAGCGGUAGCGGGGCUAGUUUGCGCGAGGCUGCUAGUCCGGUCUGAACUGGUGCUAGGUUGGUUGGGCCCGGCCGGGCUGCGGUGUUGGGACCGUGAUAUGUUCCUGCAUCCGUUGCUUAGGUGUCGCUCGGAUUGCUGUAUUAGGCGUCUGCUAUCUCGCGCUUCCCCUGCCUGACGAGCUGGGCUAUUUGUGUCUUGUCUCAUCGGCGAGCUUUGUUACCAGGGGGGGAAGUCGCAGCCACUCGAAGCCCUUUCCCGGCCGGAACAGUCCGUCUUUUUUGUUGCU